UUCAAAUUUUAGAUGAUCAGAGGAAAGUCCUCUUUAAGUCAACCUCAAUAUGACUGGAUUAUUAUAUCUAACUUUUCUAGUCGUGGUCCAGAGUGGACAUGCUUCUGGAGGUUUUAUCUCACAGCUGGACUCAACAGUGAAGGUACAGCCUGGACACUCCACCAGUCUCAAGUGUCACAUUCUGCUAACUGGGCACUUUUAUUUAUUCUGGAUCAAAAUUCCUCGUAAUAAAGCUCCAGUCUGUGUAGCUACAGCUAAAUCAUUAAAGGACGAUGUGGCAAUGGGUGAACAAUUUGAAAACCAUUCCAGAAUCAAAGGCACAUGGAACCAAAAGACCUUCAAUCUGUCGUUUUCAUCAGUGGAACAAGCAGAUGUUGCAACAUACAUUUGUGGGCUUUUUGCUUAUGAAAAGCUUUUUUUGGGAAAUGGGAGUAAGCUCAUGCUUGAAGAACAUUCUGAGGCAGUUUCACCAAACACAACGACCAAAGACAAUGAAAAGAUAGAUGGAAAAAGGCUAUGGUUUCAAUACCUAGUGCCUGCAUUAGCAACAACUAAUGUGGCAUCCAUAUUGUUCAUCAUUUUACUCAUUCAUCUCUUAAGGAAGAAAAGAUCAGGUGUAACAGGUGAGGUUAGCAGCGCAAGUGAUAAUAAGACAGAUGAAGUAAACUACGCUGCUCUGACUUUCGGGAACAAACAGAGGAGAACUGUACAGAAGAGGACCAAUGUGGCCACCACGGUCGUAUAUGGAGCUGUGCGACACCAAGAGGCAUUAUAA